GGCUCACAACCACUGUACUGGGAAAGAGCGAGAGAGGGAGGGAAAGAGAGAGAGAGGGAGAGAGAGACAGUGGGUGGAAAUAAGGGAUGCUGGAGAGAGAGAGAGAGAGAGAGAGAGAGAGAGAGACAGAUAUAAACAGUCUGAGGAUGAGUGAAGACCUACAGGAAGUGUGGUAGAAACUAAGCUAAAGCAGAAGAUGACUUUACCCUGAUUUUAAGGCCAAGAGACUGUCUGUCCGGUCAUUCUACAAACACCUAGAGAUGGAGUAUGAUGUUUCCACAAGACAUACGGCCAAGAAAAUUAAGUCUCUUCAAAUAUUUGUGGCCAACGACAAUUCUUCUUUAGGCUAGAUGUUUAAAAUAUGGCCGCUUCUGCUAAAUUGUCAGGCGAGACCAUGAUUGUUCGGCACAUCCCUCUAGCUCAUGGUCAGUCGGUGGGUUUUCAGCAUUGCAGCCCGGUUCAGAAACCAGUAAGACCUUGUUCCUUGAAAUUGACCCACAGCAUUUCACUGCCUGAGAGGGAAGAACCUCCAAAGGAAGCAUUGGACUCCGACUUCCAGAGCCACCAGAGCCACAGUAGCAAGUCCAGCUCCAAUGAUGACACCGGUGGACGUGAUUCCUCUCCAGGUUUCCAGUUAAAGUUUUCGCAAGAUAAGAUUGACUUUGACUUUACUGGAAGUAGAAGCACCCCACGCUGGCAAAAUCCAUUCCUCCCUGAAUUGGAAGUUCAUGACGACGAAGAGGAAGACGAUGAUUCGGAUGGAGACAACCUGCACAGGUACCGUGAAGGCUCCUCAUUUCAGUUGCAUGGAAAUUCAAAUAGAGCCCAGGAUGAGGCCAUGGGGUAUACCACAGGUUGCAGCGACACAGAUACUGACCUUUUCAGGACUUCUAUAGAGCACAAACCAGUCAAGAACCUAUUAGACUCUUCAGGUCUUCAACAUCGCAGGGACAGCAAAAGCACACCAAUACUCAUGGACUGUGAGGAGCAGGAGUGGAGCGAUCAGGAGGACUACAAUGAAUACCUUCUGAAGGAAAGAUCUUGCAAGAACAACUUGGACGAUAACUACGCCCAACCUAAAACCUCUGAUUCCGACUCAUCUACUCAAAAACAGCCAUCAGAGUACAUCAGCGACUCUUCCUGCAACAGCUCCGAUGGGGUGCUAGUCAACUUCAGUGCCAUUUACAACAAAACCAACAACGCAGUUCCUGCUACACCACAUGAUCUGGACAGUCCUGCCAAUCAGUCGCAUGGAUCAGGGUCCACGCCCAAGGAAGACGGCCCAUUCAAGCCCAUUCGCUGCUGGUCUCCUUGUGGAGUCGAUCCUAAUUGUAACAUCUACCUGCUGGGCUCGGAUGGUUUGCCAUCUCUUGAGAUUUCUGAUCUCGCAGACUGUCUGCAAAGCCAAGGCCGGCUGAUGAGUUCUACCCAGAAUUAUUACAAACUGGUGACGUGUGACCUCUCGUCACAGUCUUCUCUGAGUCCAGCAUGGUCUUCAGUCACCAGUUGCUCUGAGGGCCACAGCCAGGGAAGCACAACGCCACCAAAAGAAUACUUCCUCUUUAGGCAGUUGGAAGGAAACGAAGGGGAUACGCUUCAAGAAGACCCAAGGGACCAUCAGGUUGAUGAAAAUAUUGAACUACAAAUUGCAAAAAACACCAGGGAUCCUUCCAAGUCAGCAAGAGAAAGAAAAUACCCAAAAUCCAGCAAAGGUCCAGAAGCCAAAAACCACAAACAUAUCCAUCCUGCUCAUUCUCAGAGCUGGUACGGACAACAGAACUGCUGUUUCUCACCAAAGCUGGAUACUUUGCCACGUAUAUCAAGCUGCCCAGGCCAUAUAAACCUAGAACAGUGCUCCUCACAAGUACCGAAGCAUCACACCACCUCGUUUGCAGAACUCGCCCGCUGUAAGAAGGCUGGUGGGGAUUUGUCAUCAGUGGAAAGCAGCAUGGAAGCACCGACAUGUUCCAGGUUCACCCAGAGCACUUCCCCCACGCUGCGGAAAGCUCCACUGGGGCUAAACUCAACUGUAAUUACAAGUCAGGAAACCAGGAUGAUGGGAAGCUCUGAAAUGUGUGAGAUGCCAUCUACGUCAGAGGGAGCUUGUGCCCCGCCUCUAGAAGUGGUACGCUAUUCUAAAGCCCAGAGGCCCACAUUUCUUCCCAUCCAGCCAUUCGUCCUUCAACCACCAUCAGGAAAACAGCACAGCAAGGGUCUGGGCUCCCUGCUAAACCAGUACAUCAGCCACAAACACUGUAAACCCAGCGCAUCCAAACGCACUGGAAAAUGCAAAAAUGUGCCAAGCUACUUAAGACCUUCACCCUUGGGAAGUUACUCGUCAAUUCACCUGGAAGCAGCGACUAGCUCCGACACUUGCUCCACCUGUACACCAAGCCCUGUUCAGCCUCAGAAUCAGUCUCACUGGGCUCAGCCCAGCCCACUUCUGGUCCAGAACUAUCCAGAACCAGACCAGACACUAAGUAGCCCAAAUACUUUAGACCCUAAACUGGAGGUAAUGAGUUCUAGCCUGCAAGAGAGCUCUCUUGAGAUGCUUCUUACCAUGGAACCUUUGCAAGAACCCUAUUCUGAGGCGAAGCCUUCAAAGAUUUCCCCAUCUUUUGUCUUGAAAGAGGUGCCAAGAACCCAAGAACAUUCUAACGGUUUUAUUGAUACCUCCUCUCCAGCGAUUACCUCAGUGACCUCCUUAACCUCAGAUGCAUCGCUCAAAUCUCAAGGACUAAACCAAAGGGACCUUCAAGAUGUUGCUCCCACUGAAAAGGAUCUCAGCACCACUUCCACGCUCUUCAAACCCAAGAACCAACCGGGUUUCCAGGUUGCAGAGCAGCGCCAGCAAAGCGAUUCCUGUUCCAUGACCGACGGACCACCCGAGGAGUUCUGCCUGUCACCAGACGCCUCCAGUCAAUUCAUGUCUAUCGAUCUUUUGCAGAAGAAAGGCAUGCUGAAGAGCGUCGGCUUAGCGGUGGAGUCGAUCACAGCCCAUUUCAGUCCCAGCAGAGACCCGGAGGAGAAGAUCAGACUGGGGAACAGCCUUCUGAGUCCCGCCAUCAGCCAGCUGGUCCUGGGUCAGCUCUGCCCCGCCAUCAAGAACAUCCUGCAGGAUGGGCUGAAAGCUUUCAAGCUGGACCUGAUUGUUGGACAGCGGCGUAAUAAGCCCUGGAGUGUGGUGGAAGCGUUGACACAACCAGGAGCAUCUACUCGUGUUCUGCACAGUCUGGUGUCGGUGGUCAGGAAGUGUUCACAGCUGACCAAUCACAGUGUGAGGGUUAAUGCGUUCCUCAUGGGGCUGCUGAAUUUACGCGCUCUGGAGUCCUGGUUUCUGCAACUGCACGCCUCUGUAGACGUGGUGGAGGAGUACUACCAGCCCUGGGCGUUCCUGGCUCUGUCUCAGGGACCUGCCGGCAGAUCUUUAUUCCAGGAGCUCCUGCUGAUUCUUGAGCCGCUGAACCAGUUACCCUUCGACCUCCACCUGCUUUCUGAGGUGAGGCUGCAGAGAAGAACAUCACACAAACCCUCGAGAUCUCUGGACCCUUCAGACCACAGGCUCCUCCAGAAACCUUCCGUUCAGAAGAACGACAGACCUCCAGAAAGACCGUUUCAGAGGGAACGCUGUAGAGCUGCUGGCGGCCAUACUGCUCGAAACUUCAGAGGCUGCUCGGUGAAGUUCUGUAAGCAGCCUGAGCCAAAGCUCUUAUCUCCAGAAGACAAAGAAGAAGAUGAGCAGAGGUUUGUCUGUCUCGUUUCUUCUUCAGAACGAGGAUGUGCCGGAUGGUGGCUCAGUCAGACACCCGUCACCGAGGGCGUUUUGGUGGGAACUGGUUCUGGUUCUGUUCCUCAGAGACAGAAUGGUGAUGAAGAUGAAGAUAUUGUGGUGGAAACCAGUGAAACUGAGGCAGUGGGUUUAGUGGAAAUAUCUCAGCAGGAUAAGCCUCACAAAGAGCUGCGCUGGGCUCGGCUAUUCGGUUCUGCGAUCAGAACCCCAGCAGUGGUUCAACAGACGCAACCAAACAACAGCCAAACCCAGAGAUCCAGGCUUCCCUCACAGUGGCUGAAGCUCGGAGCAUCACAGGUGGACCUGCUGGCCCAGUCAGUGUGGGGCAGGGAGUCGGCCAAUCAGAGGCAGUGAGACACACGACCCAAUCAGAGACAGUGAGAAACCCAUACCCAAUCAGAGACAGUAAGAAACACGACCCAAUCAGAGACAGUGAGAAACCCAUACCCAAUCAGAUGCAGUGAGAAACCCGACCCAAUCAGAUGCAGUAAGAAAAUCCGACCCAAUUGAAGGCAGUCAAAACCCAGACCCAAUCAGAGCCAGUGAGAAACCCGACCCAAUCAGAGGAAGUGAGAACCCUGACCCAAUCAGAGGCAGUGAGAAACCCAGACUCAGUCAGAGCCAGUGAGAAACCCGACCCAGUCAGAGCAAGUGAGAACCCUGACCCAAUCAGAGGCAGUGAGAAACCCAGACCCAAUCAGAGGCAUCAUGAACCCCGACCCAAUCAGAGGCAGUGAGAAACCCAGACCCAAUCAGAGGCAUCGAGAACCCUGACCCAAUCAAAGGCAUUGAGAACCCUGACCCAAUUAGGGGCAGUGAGAACCUCGACCCAAUCAGUUGCAGUGAGAAACCCCGACCCAAUCAGUGGCAGUGAGAAACCUGACCCAAUCAGAGGCAGUGAGAAACCCCGACCCAAUCAGAGGCCGUGAGAACCCCGAACUCUGACCCAAUCAGUGGCAGUGAGAACCCCUACCCAAUCAGAGGCAGUGAGAAACCCCAACCCAAUUAGAGGCAGUGAGAACCUUGACCCAAUAAGAGGCAGUGAGAACCCUGACCCAAUCAGAGGCGUCGAGAAUCCCAAUCCAAUCAGUGGCAGUGAGAAACCUUACCCAAUCAGAGGCAGUGAGAACCCCAGAACAAAUCAGAGGCAGUGAGAAACCCAGCCCAAUCAGAGGCAGUGAGAAACCCAGACCCAAUCAGAGGCAGUAAGAAACCCUGACCCAAUCAGAGGCAGUGAGAGACCCAGACCCAAUCAGAGUCAGUAAGAACUGCGACCCACUCAAAGGCAGUGAGGAACCCCAACCCAAUAAGAGGCAGUGAGAAACCCAGACUCAAUGGCAGUGAGAACCCCGAACUCCGACCCAAUCAGAGGCAGUGAGAACCCUGAGUUCCGACCCAAUCAGUGGCAGUGAGAAACCCCGACCCAAUCAGAGGCAGUGAGAACCCCAAACUCCGACCCAAUCAAAAGCAGUAGGAAACCCGACCCAAUCAGUGGCAGUGAGAAACUCCAACCCAAUGAGAGGCAUUGAGAAACCCGACCCAGUCAGAGGAAGUAAGAACCCUGCCCCAAUCAGAGACAGUGAGAACCCUGCCCCAAUCAGAGACAGUGAGAACCCUGACCCAAUCAGAGGCAGUGAGAAACCAGAUUAAGGCAAAACUAUAGUAACAACAACACUAGAAGCACAAGCACCACAUGGACGUCGUGCGAGAAAGGACACGUGGACAGAAGCAAAAUUACAAACCGCAUCAAGAAGAACGGUUUCUUAUAACGUGAUAUUUUUAACACUAUUUCUAACUGAAAGGUUACUGAAAGCACACCAGACCAACAUUUCUGUCAGGAUUUUCUGGCAGUACAUGACUGUUAUAUGUAGAGGCAGAUUAGCAUUAGCAUCAUGGCUAACACCACAGAUCCGUAACAUCUCUAAAAUAAUGAGUAACGUGAUAGAACAUUAAUAAUCGCAUAUUCCAUGCAGUAUUUCAUUACGUAUAUCCAGUCCAAAUCCAGUCUGAUCCGAUUUAUUUUAGAAAAGAAUCUGAAUUAUUUGCUGCAGUCUGAACUGAGCCUGAAGUAUUAACAUUCUCAUGGUUUUAAUGUUAUGGCUGAUGAUCAGUACAUACAGUGCAUACUCAUUUCCAGCACACAAGCUAAGAGUUAGUAUGAGGCUCCCUCUAGAGGCUGAAACUCUUAAUUGCACAAUUUUUCAUAUUUAACUGGAAAUUUAAUGCUUUUUUUUAUUUUUAAAAAAUUGAGAAACUUACCAACAUAGGUAUCUCUACAUUGGGCAUGAGUGUGAGGAUCAAUCAGAUCCUCACAGCAAUGUUCUGCUUUAAAAUCCAUUAGAAAUCUAGCCUUUCUUGGACAGUAGAGACAGUUACUCCAACAAAAGCAGGAUAAACUCCUUUUUUUUAUAUACCUUUGAUUCCAGAAGAAACAAUGAAAAGCAGUCCUCGACUCCAGUUGUCUCAGUGUUCCCCAGCAUGAGGGUUUAUGUAAGGGUUGCAUGCAUGGAAACAACAACCUACAGAGAGAUUUCCCUGUGAAACACUUCAUAUGUGGUCUGUUUUUAUGAAUAUUUUGGUAAAAGCAUGCAGAGUAAAUGUAUAUACAGUAUGAGCAUUUGGAGAGUGUUUGGAGAUAUAUUAGAGUAUAGUUUUAAUAGGAAUGAUGUUCUAUGCAGGAUGUGGGUGGCCUGACCUUGGGCCAGUCAUACAUGAGGUAUUUUUGAAACUGAGAUAUGAUGCUAAGGUAUUGUUGAGAUGUUGCUGAGGUAGUACAUUCAUUUAAUAAUCUCAGAACAGUCUAAAGCACUGCUGGAGCUGGACAAGUUUAAUCUGUGUGCAUCAAGAAGCCCUCAGAAGUUGAUUGAUGAAAUGCAAUUUAAGCAAUAGAACACGAGAGGGAGUGUGAUUCGGCCGUAGAUCAUCACAGCAGUGAUGUUAUUCGUGAUAACACACGACCUUGAGUGUUCUAUUGCUUUUAUACAACAGUUUUUUUUUUUUACAAAAUGAAUAAAGAAAAUAAAUCAAAGAACUUUAAGAAAUUCAGUUUAAAUAUUGCCUUCCGCCAAAAAGUAGUUCCACAACAACUGUAACAGAACUGAAACUUAACUACAAAACUGUGUAUGGUUCAGGCAGACUAACAUCACCAAAGUCAGCUUAAAAGGAAAAUUGGGAAUAAGUGAAGAUGGUAACGUUAGGAGCGUGAAAUAAAGCUAAUACUCUCCUCUCCUGAUUUGUGGAGUCGUCUUCAGGUGAAAGCUGCACAUUUUUUGAGCAUUUCUGCUUGUUUUGCUGGGUGGUGUUGGUUUUAGCUAGCUGGCUGGACUGUGUUUAGGUUAGCGUAGCUUGCUUUAGCUAAGCAUUAACCUGGCUGGUUAGCGUUCUGACUGUCAGACGGCAUUAACCGAGUGAUUUUCUUUUUCUUUUUUCCACAAAAGAUGAGCCAGCUUGUAUACGCUGUUACUCGGCAACACGUCGGCGGAGUGAUACAAGUUUAGUGUUAGAAGGCCGUGAUGUUAUCACAUAUAUCAGCACGGCUAGAACACCUCUCAACCAAUUAGAUUGUAAGGUCGGAACUAACUGUUGUAUAAAAAGCUUUAUGAGCCCGUAUUAGUGCUCAUUGCUAUCUUACACCGCGUCAACAUUCUAUUUUCAAGACAUGCACCCACUCAGCUAAAAUAGCAUCAGAGUUUAAGAAUAAAUGUACACUGAUGGUUUGGCAUUUUGGUCUGGAAGUAAGGUGUGUUCAGGUAAAUUUCUGGCAUGUUUCUAGUAUGGUGACAGGAAAUACAGGUGCGCCACUAACUGAUUAAAAUCCUGACAACAGUCAACAGUCAACACACAGACAGCUGCAGUGCACAAAUCCAGCUUUUACCUCAACAAUAAACAGAAUAAAGAAUAAAAUAGUUUUACUGUUCCCUUAAAUGAGCUGCUGGUGUAUCUUCACAGUGCCAAAGUCAGAGCUCACCUGACUCUUAAAGGGAAUGAAAACUGGCACAUGUUAAGCCCAAGACACACCAUGAUUAAUUACGAUAACCAGUACAUGCUUUUUGCGCAUUUUGUGCUGUGCAAGGAGUAUUUUUUGUGCUUUCAUGAUAACAAAGACACACCGACACGCCCCUAAAUCCAGAUAUGCGAUGCACAGUUGACUAAUGCACUAUAGAUAUAAGUCUGAUUAUAAGAUGAGAUGAGAUUUAUAUGGUUGGGUAUGAUGGAGGUUCUACAGGUUCUGUUUGGAUCCUGCAGCACAUUUACCUACAGCUGGACCUGUAGAUCCUGUAGCUCUACACUCGUUGGCUUCUCUCAGUCCCAUGAAACGCCCCCUCCCAAAGUCUGAAUGCACUAUACAGCAUGUCUAUCAGUCAACAGUCUCUCACCAGGAGGUACACUACCCAAUUUAUUUCCAUUACAGCUAAUCCAGCUCCAGCAGUUCUUACUACUGUGUUUUACAUGGGUGAUUUUGUGAGUCCCUCCCUUUUCCCCUCAGUAAGUGGUGUUAAACAUUGCUUGAUGAGAUUCCUGUGAUAAUAAAGAUUUAUCUGAUCAUCAUAAAUAACCAUGUCUUAACUUUUCUCUACAAUCAUAACUUAACUGCACAAACUAAACAAAACAAGAUACCUAACCCUCUAUGGCAUCAUGAGUUAUUAUAUCAUACUAUACCAUAACUUAUUUUUAAAAGCAUGUAUUUGUUCAUUUUAAUGUUCAUUUAUAUGUUACUGUGGGAUAGGUGUUGAGUUCAAGUGCAGAGCAGAUAGUAAGA